AUGAGUGGUUUACGCAAUACUAUCAAGGGUGGCUGGCACCCAGAAGGCAAGGAAGGUGGGAAGGAGAGUUGGCGAGGUGAUUUCAAAGGCAUUAACCAAGUGGCUGGGUGGAUGGGAAAGGGCAAGGAAGGUGAAUCCUCUGGCUCUGGCUCUGGCUCUGGACGUACCCCUGAGCCACAAGGGGGUAUCAGAGGCUCAGUGGCCGGUUGGAUGGGAAAGGGAAAGGAAGGUGACUCCUCCAGCUCCGGACACGGCUCCUCGUCACAGGGGGGUAUCAGGGGCCACGUGGCAUCGUUUAUGGGAAAGGGCAAUGAAACCAGCUCAAACCGCUCCGAGCAUGUCUCACAACCCUUGUCGGCCCUAAAAGACCCAUCUUUAUUUGGGCCCCCUCCGAAACAUAUCAAUUACCAUGGAGCCGCCGCUGCGCCAAAUCAGACAACCGCCCAGGAUCCCCAUCGCCGAGAAGUAGCCGAAGUAGAGGAGGAACAGUACCAAAGGCCGCCCCCACCAAUCCCGUAUCGCGCCGACACAAGUGGCCUUUCUACAGACAAUCUCCCCCCACCACCAGUGCGGCGACUGGACUCUGCAAGUUCCGCCUCGAGCUCAAUCUCAAAGCAAAGGCCACCAAAGCCCCCGCCACGACUUCCCGCCCGCAAUGCAUCCUCCAGCUCCGAAUCGCUCCCCGCUUAUUCCCCUGGCCCGGUACUCUCCCACGAUUAUAUCAAUCAAGAUGCUACGUCCCGCCUAGCAAACGCGGGCGUCUCGGUUCCUGGAUUUGGAAUCGGCCAGGAGAAAUCUCCGUCGCCUGCACAUACACCUGUCAAUGAGCUGCAGUCACGCUUUUCCCAGAUGAACACGAGAUCUCCAUCGGCGCCCACCCCGCCUGCUCAGUCGCACCCUGCAAGUAGCACAUCUUCUCUCCAUAACUUCCGCGAGCGCCACGCAGAUACCAUCGACUCGGGGAAACAGAAGUACGGUGAUUUCCGUGAGCGCCACGCAGAUACCAUCGAUUCGGGAAAGCAGAAAUACGGCGAUUUCCGUGAGCGUCACGCAGAUACCAUCGAUUCAGGAAAGCAGAAGUUGAGUGGUUACGCGUCACGGCUCACUGGCUCUUCCCCAGCAGCGCCUAGCCCACCGGCCCGGCCCGCGUCGAAUACUUCUAGUAUGAACCUGGAACCGGCGGAGCCCGCACGGGGCACAUCCUCCGUGCAAGAUUUCCGUGAACGCCAUGCCGACAAGAUCGAGUUGGGUAAAGAGAAAUGGGGUGGAGUCACAUCACGUUUCAACACAUUUGUGGAGGAUCGUAAAUUCUCCGCCGAAGCCAACAAACGGAUUCCACGCCCACCUGCUCGUCCCAUCCCCAUGGCCCACUCUAAUUCUUCAGCGGUCUCAUCCACAGAACCCGCUCAACGCAAGAAGGCUCCUCCACCGCCUCCACCUAAGCGGGCUGAAUUUCGUGCGUCUCCUGUUGACGGUUCGUCACCAACACCACUCGGGGGGCCUCCUCCUAUUCCCCAUGACACCAAGCCCCGCUAA